AUGAAAUCAUUCGGUCCAUGCAGUGGGCAGCCAGAUGUCCCCUGCUGGUACAACAUCAGAUUCGUGGGAAAACCAGCUUCCAAUGCACUGGAACUCAUUUUGAGAACUUUUCGCCGCGCUAAAAUCGAUGUAAAAAACGUAAUCACACUGGCUACGGGAUGGGCUAAGGGAGACUGGAUGUUUUAUAUUCCACGCCGUGCAUCCAUUUGUGGACUUGCGGGUUCAGAUCUCCGGUAUUCUAAGGGAUACUUUCUAGGUGCCGGCCGAAUCCCUAAAAUAGAAUUUAUCGUAAUUCCCGUUAUAUACUCUACGGAGACAGAUAACGAGGCCGACUCCGUACUGGUACCUAUUGUCUUGAUGGGAAUUCCAUUUUACGACUCGGACCUCAAUCUUGAUCAGUACCUUUACGAGGCCAUCACGGCUCGGAACAAGAACCUUAGAAUCCGACAAGUAUUGGUGAAAGAGAGAUAUAUGAUCCGUGGGGUUCGGACUAACGACUUGAGAUGUCAUGUCGCCAUCGACCCGAGUUGUGUCCACGAGUGGGAUUUCGAAAAUCCGAUGAAAUUAGUCUUACAGGGUUGGGAUAAUGAUGGCGUACCUCGACCGGAAAUUUGGCCAGUGACGAUGCGGCAUAUUGACGAGUGUUCAUGUUGUGGCAGCUUUUUUCACCUUGCAGAAGAUGGGAUCACCGAAGUCGAAUGUAUUACCCGCAUCCACCGCAGGAUGUUGAUAGAGAGACGAGAAGAAGUGGCUGCUGAGAAGGCAAAAUCACGUUUAAAGCCACUGCAAGAUCGUCCUUCCUCUGUUUCUCUACAUCCACCCUUGCCUACGGUUUCUUCAACAAGUGAUAAAAAGACAAACAUUGGAUUUAUUGUUACAUCUUGA